CUCACUCACUUACGCUCCACCUCCUAACGGUCAAGACCUACAUGAAAAGAGAGAUUUGAAGUAAGACUCACAGCUGACAGAGAUAGACAAGCGAGAGGAGGGAGAGAUAGCGAGUGAGGAAUGGAGAAAAGGAGACAGCUUUGAGAAACUGUGUCUGAGGCCUUUUAGCAGCGAGUGGACUACAGAUGGGAUGAGUGGCCUGGUGAGCUGGGGUUUGACUUUCUGUUACAUGACGGUCAUGUAAAAAAAAAAAAAACAGAAAAAGCAAAAAGAGGAGAAAAACUUUACUGUUCUUUUAAAACUGUCAGUCGACUUCAUCUCAAAGUGCUUGAUGGCUGUUACACAGGCUGUGCUCCCUUCAUUCAGCUCCUUCACCAGCCUCGCUCACUCCAGUGAUAAUAUGAAAGUGUGGAAGUCUGAGGAUGGCUCGCUCCCUCUGGACUCUCUCAGUAACAAACUGUCACCAAGCGGCACUGAGCAGCUGCAGGUAUCUCAACAGAUGACAGAGGAGCUCCUAGAUGAUGACAGCCGGGCAUCUUGGGACAUUGACUUCCUGCUUUCUGACUGGAGCAACCCUUCGCCUGACCUCAAUCCCUCUCUGGAGAACACAGAUCAACGGCUCCCACAGCUCAACUCAAACACAGUGUACCCAGAGGCAGGCAUGUUUAAGGACCAACCAGGACAGGAGUGUCUGCAGGUGAACAGUGGCAGCCUCAUGGCAGAGCUCCUGUCCCCCGCUGAAACCACAACAGUCCGGCCAGAACUGUACCACCGUGGUUAUAAUGAUGACCAGUCUGGUCAGACUUCACUUCCCAGUCUAGCUAAUGUAGAUCAGUUUGGCUUCCCACAAGGAAGCAGAGGAAACCACAGUAAGGUCACAUCAUGGGACUUUAACAGCUACUAUCCCCAGCAGCACCCCAUGGUGAACUUCCCCGACAGCAGGUUCAUCCCACCUCAAGCUGUGACCCCUGACCCCCGACACUACAGCUACAUACCCAACUUCAAUCAAAACACCAACAUUUUCUGUGACUACACCCACAGCCCAGCGACUGGUCAUCUGCCCCUUCACCAGCAGCCCUUGCUGGUUGGACCCCAGCUGCCCCCUUCUGGGGUGGAGGUGAAACGUAGUCGGAGGGCCACGGGGAAAAAGAGGCCUGCCAUCCACAGCUGUGAAUACCCUGGCUGCAGUAAGACCUACACCAAAAGCUCACACCUCAAGGCUCACCUCCGCACCCACACAGGGGAAAAGCCUUACCACUGUUCAUGGGAGGGCUGCAGCUGGAAAUUUGCCCGCUCGGACGAGCUGACACGUCACUACCGCAAGCACACGGGCCAGAAACCCUACGAGUGUCUGCUGUGUCAGAGGGCCUUCUCCCGCUCUGACCACCUGGCUCUGCACAUGAAGAGACAUACCUGAAGCUUUUCC